AUGGAUAAUAAUGAAAUAAUAAAUAAUACUAAUUCAUACGAUUAUGAAGAUGAAGAAAUAAUUAUUCCAUCACCUCAAGUACAAUUUUGGACAUAUCUUAUAUUUCAAAUUCCAUCACUUGCUUGUAUUCUAUAUCUUCUUUAUUAUUUAUUAUUGAAUCGAAAAUUACGUAUACAAUUAAAUAAUCAUGUUGUAAUUGUUUUACUCGUUCUAUGUUUUAUUAUUUUAGUUAUUGAUCAUUCAUUAUAUCUUGAUGCAUGGAGAAUAGUUCAUGGAAAUUCAUUUCCAUUUUCAUCAUUUUUAUGUCUUUUUUGGUGGUAUAUUGAUUAUGGAUUUUAUGGUGCAGUAUAUGUAUUUCUUGCCUGGGCUUCAUUUGAAAGACAUAUACUCAUAUUUUAUCGACAUCAACUUCUUAAUACUCAACGAAAAAUUUUUUACAUGCAUUAUUUUCCUUUAAUAAUUAUUUUAAUUUAUCUAAUUAGUUUUUAUAUUGGAAUAAUUUUUUUUCCGCCAUGUAUAAAUAUAUUUUAUUCGAAUUAUUUAGCAUGUGGUUCAUAUCCAUGUUAUCAAGAUAUACCAUGGAUAAAUACAUGGGAUUAUUUAUUAAAUGGAAUUUUACCUAAUAUUUUAGAAGCAUUUUUUACUAUUUCAUUAGUAUUUCGAGUUAUUUGGAGAAGAUAUUAUUCAUUUAGACAUUUUAAUUGGAGAAAAUAUCGAAAAAUGAUUAUACAAUUACUUGCAAUGUCGACUCUUUCAUUAUCUAUUAUACUUCCUCAAUCAUUAAUUUCACUUAUACAACAAAUUCAUCCAACUAUGAGUAAUUUUGGCAUUGAAGCUGAACCAUAUUUGUUCUAUCUUACUGGUUAUAUUAUUUUAUUUUUACCAUUUGUUUGUCUCGGAAGUUUACCAGAAUUAUGGCCAAAAGUAUUCUUUUUAUGUCAAAAACGUCAACAUAGAGUCCGUCCUAUCAGGACAAUAGCUGCUAAUGGUGGAGCAUAA